CCUACAUGUACCUCUCAACUUCCCGGAUACAAAAUGCCGAAUCUUGGGGCAAGUGCUAUGGUAUUGUAGGCAGUUGCAUGUUACAGGUAAGGGGUGACGCAAGCAAGUGCCAUCAUGGAAUCUGCGUUGUUACUCUAUAACGCCGAUUACUACAACACACCCUCGUCUGACCGUUUCAAUCUUCACAACGCCCUGCAUGACAUGUAUACCGUCACUUCCCCGCUACCUCCGAGCGCCAUUCGGUCCAGAUGCCCCCCUGCGUCUUCUUUUCCCUUGCGUUAGGUACCUUGCCUAGUAUGUAUAUACUCGCAUAUCGUCGUAGUCACAAAGAGCCGGUCUAGAGCUUGCUUGAUUGGCGUCCUAUCAUAUCGCGUCCACCACUACAGGUAAGGUCGUGUUGAACAAAGAGCCGAAGAAAAGUUCUCCAUCAACCAGAAGCCACCCUGCGUCUUCGAUGGGGUAGUCACAUAAAGGGUGAUAAAUAGCCCUGUAGCUACCCGUAGGCGAGAACAGCUUCCUUUCCCAGCCCCAUUAUUUCUUAACUACAUCAAUGUAUGUAGCUCUCGCAAAUCUUCAAAUCUCUCUCUCCUCAUUGACAUUCCCCUCAAUGGGAAAAUAAGCCUGUCGACAUGGCCAAACCUGACGAGAUCACAAGCUCUGCUGGCCAGAAAACCGAUAUCGAAGGGUCAACCUCACUACAUGAACAUGCUGUCGAGAAAGAUGUCCAUCUCGCUGCUGAAGAGGGGUUUGCCGUAACAGAUAGCCAAGGCGUGCCCAUCGUCCAGUUCGACGAGGUGGCCGAGAGAAAGCUCCGGAAUAAGAUUGAUAUUAUGGUCGUGCCGACAAUAUCUCUACUGUACCUCUUCUGUUUCAUCGACCGCGCAAAUGUCGGCAAUGCAAGAUUGGCCGGGCUGGAGAGGGAUCUAAACAUGCACGGCAACGACUACAACUUGCUGCUCUCCGUUUUCUUCGUCAGCUACAUCACCAUGGAAAUCCCGUCUAACCUUCUCUGCAAGCGGAUUGGCCCCGGCUGGUUCAUACCCUUCAUCUCUUUCAGCUUCGGCGUGUGCUCUCUCGGCACCGCCUUCGUUCAUGAUCUGCCGGCAGCUUGUGGCGUCCGUUUUCUCCUCGGCAUCUUUGAGUCCGGGAUGAUGCCCGCCAUGUCUUACUAUCUUUCGCGAUGGUACCGCCGCUCCGAGUUGGUUUUUCGUAUUUCUCUAUUUAUCGUCGCGGCACCGUUGGCUGGUGCCUUCGGAGGCCUGCUGGCUUCGGGUAUCUUAACUCUACCUAACAUCGGUAGUAUUCACUCCUGGCGCAUGAUAUUCUUGGUCGAGGGAAUCAUCACGAUAGGGCUAUCGCUGAUCGCCUUCGUGACGCUCACCGACCGUCCGGAAACAGCUCGCUGGCUUACACAAGAGGAGAAAGCCUUGGCUAUUGCACGUGUCAAAUCAGAACGUUUGGCACAAACUGUUGUUCUCGACAAGACUAACCGUAGGAAACUGUGGCUAGGGUUCUAUAACCCCGUCGUUAUAUCUACUGGUGUGAUCUUUCUCUUUAACAACAUUACCGUACAAGGACUAGCUGUCUUUGCGCCCACCAUUGUUGCGAGCAUCUACCCCUCGUACUCAAUAAUCCAGCAGCAGCUAUACACAGUCCCGCCGUACGUAGUCGGGGCUCUCUUCGAGCUCAUCAUUCCGCUGAUGAGCUGGCGUCUCGACAAGCGGCAGAUCUUCCUCAUCUCCACCGCGCCGCUUACCAUGAUGGGCUACAUCAUGUUCCUAGCCAGCCACAACCCCACGGUGCGAUACGCGGCGACCUUCUUCACGGCCAUCAGCUGCUUCGCGGUCGGCGCGCUCACGAACGCCCAAGCCUCAGCGCAGGUCAUCAGCGACUCAGCGCGCUCCAUGUCCCUCGCCACCAACAUGAUGUUCGGCAAUAUCGGCGGCCUCGUCGCCACCUGGUCCUACCUCAGCCGCGACGCUCCCAACUACCCUAUCGGCAACGGCCUCAACCUCGCCUCCGCCACCAUGGUCUUGCUUGUCUCUACCGCCGCUCUGGUCUGGAUGCGCAUGGACAAUAAGAGGCGUGAUCGUCUGGAUACGGAGAAGGAGCUUGAAGGGUUGUCGCAGGCGGAGAUUGAGAGUCUGGAGUGGAGGCAUCCGGGGUGGAGGUGGAAGGCUUGAGG